AGAGGGGAGCGAGGGAAACUGACUGGAACCGGAAUAAGAGGCUGAGAAGUGGCUUUAGGACAGAGAAAUACAUCACUGGUUUGGUGGGAAAGCGGUCGCCUUCCCGUGGGGAAAUCCUUGGGAAGCUGAAAUAACCGAGCCCCUGCAAAAAACCCGAGCCCCUGUCUGGAUCUACCUACAAACCAGAUGGAAAAAUUUAAAGCACUAGAACAGCUGCUUACGGAGCUUGAGGAUUUUCUGAAGAUACUGGAUGAAGAGAGCCUCAGCAGCACAGCUGUAGUGAAAAAAUGCUUCCUUUCUGACCUCCUGCGAGUGUACACAAAGACAAGCGGUGGUGAUGAGGAAUAUAUUUACAUGAAUAAAGUGACCGUGGUUAAACAAAAGGAUGGACAGGAGAAAGAAGGUGGAGCACUGGAUUGCGGAGAGUCUUUGUCCAAUGGGGAAUCAGGACACCAUUCAUCUCCUCCUCAGAAGAGUCUGCCAGACCUUCCUCCUCCAAAAAUAAUUGCAGAAAUGAAACUGCCUUCGAUCCCCAAGACUGAGUCUCCAGAGGCAUAUUACGAAGAGGCUGAGCCAUAUGACGUCUCUGUGAAUGGUAUUCUUGGUAGGCUCGCUGCUACUAGAGCCAGGACAGGGUUGCAGGUUACCGAGGGAGUAACUUAUGCCACAAUAACCAUGGAAGACGGAGAAGCAGUCAGUAGCUCAUAUGAAUCCUAUGAUGAAGAAGAGAGCAGCAAAGGGAAGUUAGCAACCCACCAAUGGCCAUCCACUGAAGCCACUAUUGAGCUGAUGAAAGAUACCCGCAUCUGUGCUUUCCUCUGGAGGAAGAAAUGGCUGGGACAGUGGGCCAAACAGCUGUGUGUCAUUAAGGACACUAGGUUGCUGUGCUACAAGAGCUCCAAGGACCACACCCCUCAGCUGGAUGUGAACUUGCUUGGCUGCAGUGUCAUACACAAGGAAAAGCAAGUGAGGAAGAAAGAACACAAGCUGAAGAUCAUUCCGAUGACUGCAGAUGUGAUUGUGCUAGGCUUGCAGAGCAAGGAUCAGGCAGAGCAGUGGCUCAGAGUAAUCCAAGAGACCAGUGCUCUUCAGUCUGAAGGAGUGGGUGAAGGAAAUCAAUACGUUCCAGAUUCCCACUGUCUUAGUUACCUCAAGGCGGACUUGUCCGAGAGACAUUCGGUGGUAUCAGAGAGCGGGAGCAGCACGGACGGCCACCCGGAAUCCAUCGAAACAAAAGAUGUCAAGAAGAAGGGUACAACUGGCCUUAAACUGAGCAACCUGAUGAACCUUGGGAGAAAAAAAUCCAGCUCAUUGGAGAGUCCAGAGAGGACACUAGAAACUUCCAGUUACCUGAACAUCCUAGUGAACAGCCAGUGGAGAACCCGUUGGUGUCACAUAAAAAAUGGUCACCUCCAUUUCUACCAAGACAAGAAUAGAAGUAAAUCUGCACAGCAACCUCUGAGUCUGGUGGGCUGUGAAAUUAUUCCAGACCCCACCCCUGACCAUCUCUAUUCUUUCCGUAUUCUGCACAGUGGGGAAGAACUAGCCAAAUUAGAGGCCAAGUCUUCUGAGGAAAUGGGCCAUUGGCUGGGCCUCCUCUUAUCAGAGUCAGGCUCGAAAACGGACCCAGAAGAAUUCACCUAUGAUUAUGUUGAUGCUGACAGGAUUUCCUGCAUCGUGAGUGCUGCAAAGAAUUCAUUCUUUUUAAUGCAAAGGAAGUGCUGUGAGCCCAACACUUACAUCGAUAACCUGCCAAAGAUAAGGAUCCAGGAGGAGGAACUCUACGAUGACGUGGACCUGUCGGAGGGGACCAUGGAAGAAAUACCUCAAAACGAAAGCAAAGACGAAGAGGACCCAGACAGAGUGUACCUAGACCUCACACCGGUUAAAUCCUUCCUGCACUCCGCUGGCAGGAAACCGGCACAGCUGUCACCUCCACUCUCUCCUUCUGUGGACAAUGUAACAGAAACAUCCCUAUUGGCUAAGGAAGCAGAGACCUGUAGAAUGUCAAUGGAAAUCCCAGACCAGACACUUCAGGAGAAGAUGGAGCCAGAAGAGUCACCAUCACAGACAACGACUGUCAAAAUUCAGAUGCAGCAGCAGAAAAUCACCUUCCCCCAGAGCAGUCCUGAGAUCAAAGCCUCCUGCACAGUCACGGACAGUCCACAGUUAGCAUCGGCGCCCAGAGAGAAAGUGGAAUGGCCCAAGGUGGCAAAUACAGUGCCUGUGGAAACCAAACUGGGCAAGAACAGGAUGGAGGUUGAGGUGAAGAGGUACACAGAGGAGAAGGAGCGGCUGGAGAAGGAAAAGGAGGAAAUCCGGUCUCAGCUGACUCAGCUUCGGAAGGAGAGGCGGGAGCUGAAAGAGACAUUAGCUAGUUGCACAGAUAGCAGCCUGGUGGCUAAUGUGGAGCAGAAGCUGAAGGAAAUAGAUGAGGAGUGCAAAAAGAAAGAGAGCAGGAGGGUUGACCUGGAACUGAGCCUUGUGGAGGUGAAAGAGAACCUGAAGAAAGCAGAGUCUGGCCCAGUGACACUUGGCACAGCUGUGGACACCACACACCUGGAGAACGCAAGCCCCAAGGUCAAAACAGCCCUCCCGGCGAGUAGCACAGAGAACUCCCCUGUCAACUCGGCAACAGCUUUAAAAAACAGGCCUUUAUCCAUCAUGGUUACAGGGAAAGGGACAGUUCUACAGAAAGCUAAGGAAUGGGAGAAAAAAGGAACCAGUUAGGACAACUCCAUUUUCAAGGAUGGACUAAAAAGACUGGAAUUGCCCAUACAUGGACCAGAGGAUUCAGUCAUCUGUAGGCAAAGGGCCAGGCUAGAGGGGCAAGCUAGCCUGUCCUCUACCACCACCCUGUGCCAUUUGCUGAGUCAGAAGGAGUGGGACAAUCUGCGAUCAUCACAAACCAUCCUGCCCAUUCCCAUGGCAGAGCUGAGAAUAACACAAGUGACAACCUUUGCAUCAGCCUCCUAACCUGAUUGAUGUAAACAAGACUGUUACCGUACAGAGGGUUUGUGUAUGUCUACUCUGAAGUUUUAUCAUUGCAUUAUUAAUGUUUCUUUCAGUGAGAACUUCCCUUGUAGCAGAGUCAGAAGGGGAUGUCGUUACAGGCCUGUGCUUUCUAUACUCCCCUGUCACUCCUAGCCUGUGUGGCUCAUGAAGGUGGCCAUGCAGAAGUAGGGAAAAACCCCUUUUGCUGAGAUGUGAAACCUGCACCAUGAAAUGGAAAGCAGCAUUAGCCAGGCCUAGGAAGUCAGGGUGGAAGUGUAUUAGAAGGAAGCAAGGGGGAGCUAAGCAUUCCCUUUAUCCACUACAAGUCAAGUCUUGGAAUAACUGUCAGUGGUAGGAACCCUGUAGCCACCUCAAUGUCUCAGAACCAUUUUGCCAGCCUUUCAUGUGCUAGAAUACAAGGAUGAGCCCUGCUUAAUUGUCUGUCUGUCUGUAAGUAAAGGGGCAGGUUUUGGAGCCUAGUUCAAAGGGAUAUACCCAAAAGCUGUUGCCAGGAGAUUGAAUUCACCUUGCUUUAUGGAAAUUAGAGAGUGUUGUCAAAGAGCCAGAGCCUCAACUGAGAACAAUAGGAUAGUGCUGGA